AUGGUAUCAACAUUUAAUCCCUUAUUAUUUUUUUAUCAAAAUGUAUAUAUAAGAUGGCUGGUGUGUCGUAAGUGUAUCUCAAAAAUCAAAGUCGACGCUACUCAAUUUUCAUCGUUUACUUCUAGCAGUGAUUAUAAGAUGUUUAGUAUCACUGUUUUAACUGCGAUGUUUUGUCUCGCCAGUAUUCACUUGCGAGUAACUUCUGGCGCAGGAUGCUGGUCUACAAACGCUUGCAUCGAUAAGAAUGUCUGCGCUAGUAAGGGUGGCAAAACUCAAGUAGGUCUAUGUCCUGGUGUCGCCAACAUUCAAUGCUGUAGCUGUACAACAUGUAAGGACGCAGCAGCCUGUAGAGCUGGUGGUGGAACACCUCAUGCGGGUAUUUGCCCUGGCGCUGGGAAUAUACAAUGCUGCAAGGGAGGAGGUUCCACUCCAACUGGUCCUGGCACUAGUAAGCCAAUUAACACGAUGCUUACAGGUUUGGCUGAUAUACUUCGAGGUGCUGGUCUCAACGUUGCUGAAGUUGCUGGCUGGAAGACUCGUGGACAUGGUGUGAUGAGUUCAGUAAAGGGUAUUAUUGUUCAUCAUACAGCAGGUCCAGCGACAGGCGAUUUUCCCUCAUUAGCGGUCGUUCGAGACGGUACUUCUAGUCUUGCUGGUCCGCUUUCACAGCUCGGAUUGGGCCGUACUGGAACUUGUUGUUUAUUUAAUCUAGAUGAAUCAAUUGGUUUCUUAAUUGAAAAUUCUGAAGAUUGGGAUUCAUCAAUGAUAAAUGAUGAUGAUGAUAUUGGAAAAAGACUUUUAAAUAUUUAA